GUGAUUUGGUGAACUGCUUGUAAUGGAGGUGCUGGGGAUUGGAGUUGAUUUUUUUUUUUUUAUUUCGCCCUGCCAAGUGUGGUUUAAAACCUCUUCAUGCUAAAUUGCGAACGAAAAUUCAAAACCCUCUCAUGCUCUGAUGGAAGUCCUAAAGAAUCCUUUCUUUUUGGGUUCCAAGUAUGCUGUUGUUGGUUUCCUGGCUACGACGAUAACAAUAGUGUAUGAGACUGCUGGAGCAGCGUCUCUUGCGCUCCGGGCGUGGUUUGUUAAACUCGGGUAACUGUAGACAAUGUCAAAAUUCUAUCUUCGUUUGGUACGAUGAUGUGUCGAUUAUGGUUUGGGUAGUAAUUAUUAUGUUGAGGUUGGGUUUGGUAUUAUGAACUCCCCCAGCAGGGUAGGGGCUCGUUGAUGACUACCAAUCUUGUAAAUAGCCCGGACGAUAUCGUGAUGCUGGCCAUCUCCAAGAUCCGAGCUCUUGCCCGUCCCCAUCUCGAAAGAUGUCUUUGCACCCAUGUUCAACAAGCCUCCGCGCUCUCCCCCCACCAAGUCUUCCAGCACAACCUCCACAUCAAGCGUCUCUCUGGUGCUGGCAAUCUCUCUGCCGCCCGCAAACUGUUCGACCAAAUGCCCAACAGGGAUACCGUCUCUUGGAACUCUAUCAUAACCGCCUACUGGCAGAACAAUGACAUCGAAGAAUCCAAGAAGCUGUUCAAUUUAAUGCCCGAAAGGAACAUCGUCUCUUGGAAUUCGAUGGUCGCGGGGUGCCUUGAAAACAACAUGCCUGACGAGGCAUUUCAUUACUUCAGCCGAAUGCCAGCUAAGAACGUGGCUUCUUGGAAUGCCAUGAUAUCUGGGCUUGUGAAAUUUGAUCGAGUGGAAGAGGCACAGAGGAUGUUCGAUGAAAUGCCUGAGAGGAAUGUGAUUUCUUAUACGGCGGUAAUGGAUGGUUGGGCAAGGAGAGGGGAGGUGAAGAGAGCCAGGAAACUGUUUGAUGGGAUGCCGAAGAGGAAUUUGAUAUCGUGGGCGGCGAUGAUAAGGGGUUAUGUGGAGAAUUCAAUGUUGGAGGAGGCGGAAUGGCUCUUCGAAAGGAUGCCUGUGAAGAGCAUCAUGGCUGUCACAGCGAUGAUUACAGGGUAUUGUACUGAGGGGAAGGUGAAGAGUGCGAGGAGUUUGUUUGAUGGGAUAAGGGAGAAGGAUCUCAUCUCUUGGAAUGCAAUGAUGUCAGGAUAUGUAAAUAACGAGCACAAUGAAGAGGUCCUAAAGCUUCACAGUGAAAUGUUAGCUUCAGGCAUCCAGCCAGAUCACACAACCCUCAUCCUAGUUCUGAUGGCAUGUUCUUCUCUUUCCUUGCUCCAACAAGGAAGACAAACUCAUGCCAUUGCAAUUCAGACUAGCUUGGAUUGUAAUGUCUCGCUUAGUAAUGCUCUGAUGACAAUGUAUAGCAAAUGUGGUAGCAUUCAUGACUCAAACUAUACAUUUCAACUAACUUCAAACCGUGAUGAGGUCUCUUGGAACACCAUAAUAGCAGCUUGGGCACAACACGGCCAUUAUGAGAAAGCUCUUAAUUUAUUUCAGGAAAUGGAAGCAAGUGGAUUUAAACCGGGUGGAAUUACCUUUCUCAGCAUCUUAUCGGCUUCUAGACACACAGGGAAUGUAAAUGGGAGUCUACAUAUUUUCAAUCUGAUGGCAGCAAAAUAUAAAAUCUCUCCACAAUCUGAACAUUAUGCUUGCCUUGUGGAUAUACUAAGCAGAGCAGGCAAGUUAGAAAAAGCAUAUGAAUGUAUCAAAGAGAUGCCAUUUGAAGCUGAAGCUGCUGUUUGGGGUGCUUUUCUUGGAGGCUGUCAAAAGUACUCAAAUGUAGAGUUAGGGGAAUUAGCUGCUGAAAAGCUUAUACAAUUGGAUCCUCAUAACUCGGGCACUUAUAUAAUUUUGUCGAAUAUUUAUGCCAAGGCUGGCUUAUGGAGAGGAGUUACUCGGCUGAGGAGUUUGAUGAAUGAGAAAGGAGUCAAGAAACAACCUGGUUAUAGUUGGAUUGAGAUAGCUGGUAGGCUUCAUUUUUUCUUGAGAGGAGAUACUUCGCAUGCUGAUAUAGAUAAGAUUUAUUCUGAGGUUGAAAGGAUUGGUUUGCAUAUGGAGAAGAUCUUAGGCGAAGAUGGUGUAUGAACAACAACCUUAUUGACGCAUCCUUUUCCAGUAGCACCAUCAACUACCUACUUCAAGCUGUUGCCGUGUGUUUCACAUGUAAAUGAAGAUUAGAUUUCCCUAAUUGAUGAAUCAUGUAAGGUAGGGGUAUUUCAUAUUUCUAAUUUGAAAGACAGUGGGCGUUUUAUGAAUUAAGGCUCACUUCAGGUGCUGAUCCUUGCAGAAGUGUACGAGGAGAGCAAAAGAUGUUACUGGAAAUUCAUUCAACCUGGUAAAAAGAAUACUUUGCUCAAAAGGCUUCACUAUUAUCUAGUAGUGUGUGGGAAUUGGCACCAUAACGCUACUCUAUAUUAAACAGUGACUUAUUCUGCUGUGGAGCGAGAGUUGGUUGUUGUUUGACAUAAGAGAGAUUGUAAAAUUAUAAGAUGAAGAUUUACUGUUUUGAAGAAGAGCAUCACAAAAGUAACCUGAAAAUUCCUCUAGAAACUACAAUAUGUAGGAGUUCUAUGUAUAGAGGGAUGUAGGAAUUUCUCCCCUGAAAUAUUCAAUCAACACUACCCGGUCAUUUUGCUUC